AUGAGAUAUUCUGUUUUGGCCGAAAUUUUGUUUUAUUAGACUCUCCUCUGGCCUAAGUAAGGGCCGAUGAGCAGACCAGCGAUAGCUUUUGCCUACUGCAAGAGUCCCAUCCACACAUUGGACGAAUGACACUCCAUUGAUAAAGUUCCUCUCCUUCCAUAUCUGUCUCUUCUUCUUCUUGGAUUCGUACCUCUGAUCAGCCAUCAGCAAUCAAUAGCAAAGCAAGGAUGCCCCAUCUGCACGGAAAUGAAGCGACGGACAGCGACACCGUAUCGAGUGUCUCAGCAUGCUCCAAAAACAUCAAUGCCGAUCAAGACGAUGCUGAGUGCCCAGUAAAGGCGGCAGAGAGCGCCGCCAAUAGGCUGCUAUCUCUGGCUGCAUUGGCCGAAGAGCACGGAAAAUGCAAUGUCGUGGUUGAUGUUCCUGCUGCUGCUAGGGACGAAACCAAAGAGGGCAGCACUGUAGUGGAUGCCGCUCCAGCAUCACCCCCAGCUGUACCACCGAUGCACCAACAUCAACACGAAGAGGGUCGCGAAGUCCCACCAGCAGCUCCUGGCAUGAGCCCACACUGGGCUAUGGUUGGUGGCCAUCCUCCAAGAUUCACUGGAUUCUUUCGUCAACCAGGAAUCCAUUCUGUUUAUGCACAAGGCAUGGCAGGUGCUCCAUCAGGCGUUAGCCCGAUACCACCUGAACACUCUCCCAGGUUCAUGCGAAGAGGGGCGCCAAGAGGCGGUUUCCCAAUGUGGGCCGGGCCUCCUCCUCCCCGUCCUCCUUAUCAUCCUCAUCCACGUGCCGUUGGCCCAUCCUCUCUUCCACCUCAUUUCCGACGUCCUAUUCCUCCAAUGUUCAUGGCACGCCAAUGUUCAGCCAAUGAUGAAGAACUUGAAAGGCGUUCACCUGCACCCAAGAGAGUGUCUUUGGGCUAUCCACCAAAGUCGAUCCUCAAGAAGCCGCGUCUAGACCCUCACGCGACAGCCGUAAGCCCUGAAAAUUGCGACGAGUCUGUUGAGCAAGAUGCAAGACCAAAAAGUUCACUCGAAGCCCUCGCAGAGUCUGCUGCAGCCAUCAGCGAAGCCAGCCAACGAUCACAAGAAGAAUCGACUACUGACGAGGCCAAGGCGGCCAUUGAAUCGGCUGCUGCAGUGGAGAAGACUGCGUUUUCGUUUUCAGAUGAUGGAUCACCGAAAAAGCAAAGAAUCAUUUCCCCAGCGUCGUCGAAUGAGUACCCCAAGGCUGAAUAUGACGAUGAAAUGUCCUACAGUGUGGAAGGAAGUCUCUCUCCUGAUCAUAGCCGAGUCAUGGCUGGCUCGCCCCAUCGUCCUUAUCCAUCCCCUGGAGGUCCCUUUCGAAUGGGUCAUAUGCGUCCUCCAAUGCCUCCAUUGCGACCUGGUCUUCACGGUUCAUACGUGGCAUACCCACACCCACAUGGCAUGAGACCUUUCCCCGCAGGUAUGCCUUCGCCUGUCCACGUCCCAUCGAUGUAUCAUCCUCGAAGCAUGUCUGCCCGAGGAAGACCAGCUUUUGCUGUCAUUCCUCCAUUUUAUGCCAGGGCAAGGAUUGAGUCCCCGUCUCCAUCACCUUCCUCCUUUUCUCCAGAACAGCAGAGACCAAAGCAUGUUUUUGAGCAAAAAGCGGCUUCUGCGCCCAGCCCCACGGUCGCCACAAGUCAGGCCAGAAAGUCUCCAUCGGCUUCAGUGAUGGAACCAGCGGCUGACGCUGCUGGAAACGGAAGGCGCUGCAUUCCAUUGAAUCCGCCAGUGCCAUCCAAAUACUGGAGUGACGCCGAAAUCAACAAAGAAGUGAUCCUUCCUGACUUCCACCGUCUCGUGAACUUUCCAGAUCUCUUGAUCAAGGGCCGCAACUCUGGGGGCGGUGACGGGGAAGGUGGUUGUGCUAACGGCAAGAAACGUUGUGUCAUGUGCGGCCAAUUGCGCGUCUCAGCUACCUAUGUUCGUGCCAAAAAAGCCAGUGCCGAGAGUGCUUCUAGCCUCCCCGAGGAUCCUUCGUCGGCGGAUGCUUCUGGCUCGAAUCAUAUCAUUCCACGCCAAAACAAGGGUGUUUGCACCGCCUGUGACGUGACCGUCUGGGUCGCGUUGGAGCUGGAUGCGAUGGAGAUCAAGUGGUGCAAGGGAUGCAAGAAUUUCCGUCCUUGGUGUCACUUCGGCGACAAGUCUCUUGCCACCAAGUGCUUGCGUUGCCGCGACCGACAAAAGGAAAAGUACGCUCUGCAGAAGAGCGCGAACCGUCGUCGCAGCAGUGCAAGCAGCAUGGACGAGAGUGCCAGUGGCAUGGAAGAGAAGAAGGCUGGUGAUGCAAACGAUAUGCAUCAUUGCAGCCUGACAGUUGUGGCGGCAAACGGACUGAGAAGUUUGAUGAAGGCUGUUUGAAAACCAAACAGGUUACGUGUAAUGUGGUGGUGAGAGUAUGUGGUUUUGGUGUUGGAAUCAAUCUAUGUACGGUAUGAAACCCUCGUGCAACCGUCAGGGUGGUGGUUAUGAUGAGGGAAUCCCUUGAGCUAAGGAGUGUUCCUGCAGUACUAUCAUGGGGAAUGCGACUAAUUCUAAGCUACUAAUAGAAUGCAAGCUAUUUUGGUGGUUGUU